UGUUGGGUUGGUAUGGAUGUAUCUCCAUAAUAUUAGGCCUCCUCGUUGCGACCAGAAGAGGUAUUAAUCUUGCGCUACGAAUGCGAACGCAGGAAUCUCAAGCCACCUGUGGAUUCGGUUUCUGAAAGUAUUCUUAAGUACGCCUUAGCUUUACAGAAGGUUCAAUGACUUGAGCGUGACUUGAGCAUAAACUUAAUAAGCUUGCAGAGAUCAUGAAGCAAGGAAAAUACACGCAUGGCCAAUGUCGUGAAGUUCUGGUAUACGGAACAUUCUACAGACAUGUUGUUUUUUAGAUAGAAGGAUCCAGCCACACCAAAAACUCUACUCGUUACCGUUGAGUAGCCGGGUGUCUCUAGCAAGGUGACUACAGCUUGAAGGAGAUCACCCGUCUUACAGCACCGUGAAGAAUUAUCAACAUAAAUUGACGGUUUAGGUGAGGACAAAAAAGGACUCUCGCCGAAAUUUUACGACUGAUUAGCAGAUCGAAUGAUUGAUUUUCCCUGGAUGACAGAUUUGAUGAGUUUGAUCCAUACCAUUAUGUUAUGCGACAGAAAAAUUCACAGAAGAAACACGUGUAGGCUUUAAGAGGAGUAUUAAUGCCUGCUUGGCCUGAGAGGGUUUGAAGCAAACUGCAAAGCAAGGGGAGAUCAGAAGACGUAUCAAUCACCAUCAAAGCAAAACGUACGUGUGUUAAUGUAGGGAGGGCUGACCUCUUGCAACAUGAACAUUGUCGGAUGUGGCUUUCUGCCAGGGACACGGGAAUGUUAUCGCGCACUAUCGCAGUGAAUAACUACACCUCGAUGGUAUUAUGAAAGAUUUUUAAGAUAAGUCAUCAGAUAUGGAGACUUGUUUUGCUGGAACGUGAGCAGAGCAUUUAUUUUCCAAUUAAAAAGAAAACGUGUUUUCCUUUCGCAAACAAAUGCCUUCUGCCGCUGCCACCACGCAGGGACAUCCCACCGCAGCCACCAAAGUUUGUAAUGUUCGGCCAUGAGUGACGUCGCUUCCCCGGACCCAGGUAAAGCGCUACUCCGCGCCGUCAUACACGGCAAGCUGCGGGCGCUCACCUCCCUGUUAGAGUCUGACAUCGAUGUUAAUAUUAAAGACGGCGACGGAUGUACGCCUUUAAUACGUGCAAUCUUCCUGGAGAAAGGUGACGUCAGGUCUCACAUCGCGCGCAUGCUCAUUAAUUCAGGCGCUGACGUAAAUGUGCGAGACCGCAGCGGGAAGACGGCGCUGAUGUAUUCCGCCAUGGAGGAAGGGCGGGAAAACAUCACCCGCCUCCUCAUUCGAACUGGGGCGUGUGAUACUAACAUCCAGGAUAAUGGCGGGAAAUCUGCCCUCCAUUUUGCUGCUGAGAAUGGCUUGUGUCCUGUAAUACGUGUGUUGGUGAACUCGGCUCAUUCCAAGCGCGCUAUCAACGUCAAUAUUACAGAUUUUGAGGGUAGGACCCCUCUUGCUGUUGCCUACAGUCUGGGACAUGAAGAGUGUUGCCGUGUACUUGUCACUGACGGGAAAGCGGAUACCUCUACAGUACAGGACACAGACGGCUUAACGCGGCUCCUUCAACCAAAACCGGCCCCAAAGAAAGUCGGACAAAAAAGAGAUUCUCGAGCGUCGACGUCGAGUCUUCGACUAGACAAAAUAAGUUUACAUAGUAAAGGGUCCAGAUCUAGUAUUAACAGCGAUGAAUUAAUAGACCACUUGACUCAACUUAACGACGACGUAUUUAACCGCGCAGACAAUCAAGAAACUCACACGAACCCAAAGCGUGGAAAAAUUGGCGGGAGAAAAAACAAGAAAAGACCAAACCGUGGUGAACCACGGCAGGACGAACAAUACGAAAUGGACACAUUUAAGUAUAACGACAAAGCAAAUCUUAUACAUAAUGACGAAUUGGAAUAUAGUAAUCAAGGCUUUGUCGAGUCUCCGAGAUAUUUAAUGCCACCGGAAGACAAGAGUCCCCGGAGACGCUCACUUCCGCCUCUGGACAUCCAACCCACGGGGUCUCCCCCAAAACAAUCUCAAUUAUCUCCGCUCCGGGUCUUUCCAAAUUACAACCACAAUGCUCAACCGACUUCACUGCAAAAACAUUCUCCGUCAUCCCUCAAUCCUUUGAUGACGUCACCCUCUUCAACGAUGUCGUCACUCAAUCCUCUCAUGACGUCACAGGAGCCGUAUUUACAACGGCCAGUUCCACCGAGUUAUCGAACUGAACAAUCCACACAAGUUAAUAGGUCGCACACGACCAAAAGACCUCAAAUUUCAGUGCAGUUAGCCAACGGUUCUCACUCUUCCUACACAGAGGAUCCGACAUUACCGCUGAGAGGGGAGAAGCGAAUGAGCAAAACCCACUUAUCCCCGCUCUCGACUCCCAGGACAAGUCUCACAGUAACUGGUGGAGGCCCAAGUUCUCAUGGGGGCUUUCUUCCAUCGUUGCCAGUCGGAGGAAAGUCUAGUCUCAUCGGAACAAAGCACGUCUACUCUGAGGAUGACAUCAAUAGAGCAAAGACGGUUUUGAGGCAAACUGCACAGCAAGGGGAGAUCAAAAGACGUACCGGUUCGGCCAUGAGUGACGUCGCUUCCCCGGACCCAGGUAAAGCGCUACUCCGCGCCGUCAUACACGGCAAGCUGCGAGCGCUCACCUCCCUGUUAGAGUCUGACAUCGAUGUUAACUUUAAAGACGUCGACGGAUGUACGCCUUUAAUACGUGCAAUCUUCCUGGAGAAAGGCGACGUCAGGUCUCACAUCGCGCGCAUGCUCAUUAAUUCAGGCGCUGACGUAAAUGUGCGAGACCGCAGCGGGAAGACGGCGCUGAUGUAUUCCGCCAUGGAGGAAGGGCGGGAAAACAUCACCCGCCUCCUCAUUCGAACUGGGGCGUGUGAUACUAACAUACAGGAUAAUAACGGGAAAUCUGCCCUCCAUUUUGCUGCUGAGAAUGGCUUGUGUCCUGUAAUACGUGUGUUGGUGAACUCGGCUCAUUCCAAGCGCGCUAUCAACGUCAAUAUUACAGAUUUUGAGGGUAGGACCCCUCUUGCUGUUGCCUACAGUCUGGGACAUGAAGAGUGUUGCCGUGUACUUGUCACUGACGGGAAAGCGGAUACCUCUACAGUACAGGACACAGACGGCUUAACGCGGCUCCUUCAACCAAAACCGGCCCCAAAGAAAGUCGGACAAAAAAGAGAUUCUCGAGCGUCGACGUCGAGUCUUCGACUAGACAAAAUAAGUUUACAUAGUAAAGGGUCCAGAUCUAGUAUUAACAGCGAUGAAUUAAUAGACCACUUGACUCAACUUAACGACGACGUAUUUAACCGCGCAGACAAUCAAGAAACUCACACGAACCCAAAGCGUGGAAAAAUUGGCGGGAGAAAACACAAGAAAAGACCAAACCGUGGUGAACCACGGCAGGACGAACAAUACGAAAUGGACACAUUUAAGUAUAACGACAAAGCAAAUCUUAUACAUAAUGACGAAUUGGAAUAUAGUAAUCAAGGCUUUGUCGAGUCUCCGAGAUAUUUAAUGCCACCGGAAGACAAGAGUCCCCGGAGACGCUCACUUCCGCCUCUGGACAUCCGACCCACGGGGUCUCCCCCAAAACAAUCUCAAUUAUCUCCGCUCCGGGUCUUUCCAAAUUACAACCACAAUGCUCAACCGACUUCACUGCAAAAACAUUCUCCGUCAUCCCUCAAUCCUUUGAUGACGUCACCCUCUUCAACGGUGACGUCACUCAAUCCUCUCAUGACGUCACAGGCGCCGUAUUUACAACGGCCAGUUCCACCGAGUUAUCGAACUGAACAAUCCACACAAGUUAAUAGGUCGCACACGACCAAAAGACCUCAAAUUUCAGUACAGUUAGCCAACGGUUCUCACUCUUCCUACACAGAGGAUCCGACAUUGCCGCUGAGAGGGGAGAAGCGAAUGAGCAAAACCCACUUAUCCCCGCUCUCGACUCCCAGGACAAGUCUCACAGUAACUGGUGGAAGCCCAAGUUCUCAUGGGGGCUUUCUUCCAUCGUUGCCAGUAGGAGGAAAGUCUAGUCUCAUCGGAACAAAGCACGUCUACUCUGAGGAUGACAUUAAUAGAGCAAAGACGGUGUAA